CAGAGCAGUUCUUCUAAUGAGCUAUAGGCCUCAUUGACAGAUACCUGAAAAAACUUUUCCCAUCAGGACUCCUUGUACUUUCCAGAGUGAAAAUGGUGAACUAUAAAGUGACCGUGUUUACUGGCCAUCUCAGCGAUUCCGGUACACUUAACAAUAUCUACAUCAAGCUGGUGGGGACAGAUGGGGAGAGCCAUAGACACUGUCUCAUAGACAUAAGAGGGGCUUUUGCCUUCAUCAGGGGAGCAGAGUCCACUUUUACCGUGUCCGACCAUGUCUCCAUUGGAAAGCUGCUCCUGAUAGAGCUGGAAAAAAACGGGCCCCUUCUUUUCCCUAAAGAUGCCUGGUUUCCUUCCAAGGUGGAAGUGGAAUGCCCUGAAGGACACAUCUACAACUUUCCCAUCUACCGCUGGAUCAGUGACAGUGAGGUGCACCGCUUCAGAGAGGGAAGAGCUCUGAGAGUCUUUGAUGACACUCAUCCUCUUGGCCUGUACGAUCGUCAGCAGGAGCUGAGUCUGCGAGGGCAAGCUUACUGCUGGAAUACGUAUGCAGAAGGAAUUCCUCAUUGCAUAAAGGCAGAAAGCCCUUGCUCUCUGCCUCACGAGGUCCAAUUCUCCUUUACCAAGUCCACAGAAUUUCUCUUCACUGCAGUCGAAGGGCUGGCUGAGCUGAAACUGCAGGGUCUGGCUGACUGCACAGAGAAAUGGACUGAUAUCGAGGACAUCAAUCGGGUGUUCUGCUGCAAGCGCACUGACAUAUCAGACUAUGCCCAUAAACAUUGGAAAGAGGACUCUUUCUUUGGCUACCAGUUUCUAAACGGUGUGAAUCCCAUGAUGAUCAGGCGUUGUUCAGCCAUCCCAGAGAAAAUUCCUGUGUCUGAAGGUUUGAUCUUUCUACCUGGCCAGUGUACCUUGGAUGAUGAAUUGAAGAAAGGGAACAUAUACCUGUGUGACUACAAGCUUUUGGAUGGAGUGGAGGCAAACACCAUCAACGGGAAGAAGCAGUACUUGAUGGCUCCCCUCGUCCUGCUCCACAAAACACCUGAGGACAAGAUGAUGCCAAUUGCUAUUCAGCUGAAGCAGACUCCUGGAGAGGACAAUCCCAUCUUUUAUCCUUCAGACACCGAGUACGACUGGUUGAUGGCCAAGAUUUUUGUGAGAAGUGCAGAUUUCAACUUCCAUGAACUCAAUAUUCACCUGCUGCACACGCAUCUGCUGGCUGAAGUUUUUGCUGUGUCUCUACUGCGCAAUGUGCCCAUGGUGCAUCCACUGUACAAGCUGCUCGUCCCCCACACUCGCUACACCCUGCAGAUCAACCUCAUGGCUCGAAAACUGCUCAUUUCUAAGGAUGGUUCUUUCACAAAGUUCGCAGCUUGUGGCGGAGAGGGUAUGUUCACAAUCCUGAAGAGAUCAAUGGCCUCAAUGACCUACAGCUCCCUCUGCAUACCAGACGACAUCGCUGAGCGUGGGAUGGAGUCUGUACCCAACUACUACUACAGAGAUGAUGGACUCAAGCUUUGGGAUAUCAUCCACAGCCUUGUGCAGGGAAUCCUCAGCUACUACUACAAGAGUGAUGCUGAGGUUGAACAGGACUCUGAACUGCAGAAGUGGAUUUCAGACAUUUUUGAACACGGAUUCCUUUCCAACGCAGACACAGGAAUUCCACAGAACCUUACCACAGUGGCUGAGAUGGUCAAGUUUGUCACCAUGGUGAUCUUCACCUGCUCAAUACAGCACGCAGCCGUGAAUUCUGGACAGUAUGACUAUUGUGGCUGGAUGCCCAACGCUCCCAGCUCCCUGCAACUUCCUCCACCAACCACCAAGGGGACAACAAGCAAGGCCACCAUGCUGCAGACGUUCCCUGACGUCAACGUGACAGUGAAUGGAAUGUCCACCUUGUGGUUACUCAGCAAGCAGUCCUCUGACUUUGUUCCAUUUGGCCAGUACCCAGAGGACCACUUCAGUGAGGCGAUUCCCUGCAAGGUGAUAAAGGAUUUUCAAGGAAAGAUUGAAGUGCAAAGUGUCAUCAUCAAAGUCCGAAACGAUAGCCUUGAAGUCCCAUACACAUACAUGGAUCCAACAAAGGAAGAAAAUAGUGUGGCCAUUUGAGUAUGUUUGUGACCUCCCGCAGUUUUCAUGUGCAGCUUCAUAUUACCAAAAAGAGUAAAGAAGAAACUGCAUGAUCAUUUGAACAUUAGAUGUUAAACUUUCAUUUUAAUACAGCUGUAAUUAUUUACUUUAGUGAUUUUCUUUUUUUACAGCUUUAACUCCUAAUCAACUCCUAACAAUAUUAUAUAAUUUAGUCAAUGAUUGUGCAGGACAUUUGAUCAAAAUAAAUCACUUAGUAAUAAAAAAACUUUUGAAUUUUGCUGUGUGACUACAUGACCAUAAAGUGAACUGUGCUAUAUGACUCACUGUCUGAAUAAUAUAUACUGUGUAUACAGUAUGUAAUGAAGGGGACAUGUGUUUAGAUAGAUAUACUGUAUGCUUUGUAACUGUUUCUCUGUUAAAUAACAACAUGUAUUCAUCUCAUCCUGCAUUUAAUAAAGAACUGAUCCAACACAUCUGCA